AGCGGACAUUUUGGAGAUCAAAGAUGGGUAGAAAAGAUGCCUCCACUAUAAAACUUCCUGUUGAUCAGUACAGAAAGCAAAUUGAAAAGGAAGAAUGGAAAACAAACAUGAGUCAUGGAUCCAUUGUGAUGACGAAACCUGCUAUGCAAGAGACCACUAAGAAGGAAGUUGGCCUUGUACUUGCAGCUCUGUUGGCCCUCCUACUGGCUUUCUAUGCUUUCUUUUAUCUCAGACUGUCCACAGAUGUUGAACCUGAUCUGGAACCAGAUGAAGAUUAGCUGAGCAGAAAUCAAUGCAUGAUAAGGAAAUAAUUUUAUAAAAGCACAUCCUGGGACCAAUACUUUCUGAAGUACUGGAACUACAACAUCUUGAAUUCUUUCUGCUUGUACUUACAGUCUGCAGGAAUGUCUUUUUAAAUAGUUGCAUAGGAUAUCAAGAAAAGAACCUUACCUAGCAAUGUAGUAUAAUGUGUGCUACCAGACACUUUUAUAAAUCUUUCUACUUUGACAGGCAACCUAUUCCUGGUGCAUUUACAUAAAAUGGAAAACAGAUCCUAAAUUCUUUGGAUGCUUUAGCUAAUUUAUGUGUAUAACUUCAUCACAUACAGAUUACUAAGUCUAUUUUUGUUCCACAUAUAUCAGUAGUAAAAGUAUAUAUUCUUAUUUCCAGAAACAUACUCAAAUCACAUUCAGAGCCUAAGAAGGAGCAAAAAGCCAUGGGAAAUUUAUCAUUUUACAAAGAAGUCCUGCUCUCUUUCCAGAUGUAUUUUCUAUCAUUAAAGAGAAUAUCUGCACAUACA